AUCAGAAGAGGUCCUCGAAAGCUGAAUAACCUGAUUUUCAGCAUGAGAUAUACGAACUUUUUUUUUGUCCUGCUGAUUGCCAGCGUGGCAGUUUAUGAAACAUUUGCUGGAGCAAUCGCACAAAAGCGCAAAGAAAAGAGAUCGUUCGAAAAACCUGAUUGUAAAGAAGUGGUUUUACAGCGCAACCCCGUAUGUGAAAAGAAAGGUUGUGACGAAGAUGGCAAACCGCAGAUGUUUAUGUACGAAUGUCCCGAAAUUCCAGAGAUCUGCCCGAAGGAAGAGGUUGAUGAAAUGGCGGAGUGCUGCCCGAAAAAGUGUGUUUGUAGUCCUGGUGGUGAUUCGAGUAUUUUGUACAAACCCGGAGAGAGUUUCAACGCUGUAAAAGAUGGGAAAAAUCUGGAUUGCGAGUGCGAUUCCAACGCAAUACCAAGAUGUAUGGAGCGAAUUCAAAUCACUCUUCCACCAAAACUGCCUCCCAGGCCUCCUCCAGUCUUUCCUCCCGGAUUUCCCCCAGAAAGGGAUUGGCCAUGGGUUUAGGACUGAAAAUGAAGGUCAAUAGGUGUCCGCUUGGUUUCCAAGAUCACCGUUGAUAAUUAUAUAUACCAUUCCAGUUUUGAUGAUUACAAGUGUUCGAAUGCACACAACUUGAAGAAACUUGUCAAUAUGAAUAAAUGUUGAUGUACACGGUA